AGCCAUUUUAGUAAUUUGUAUCUAAUAUCUUUUCUUUUUGUUGAUGCUAGGCUGAGGUUGGUUUUAGCCUGACAUGGGUACAGCAGUGCAAAUUUUAAGUUUUUCUUUGGCAGUGCUUUUAGGCCUUUGUGUUCAUGACAGUAUUGCGGCUUUUGAUGGCUCUGUCCACAAUGGAGGUCAUCCUGGAUAUUAUAACCCUGAUAUUCCAAAAAAUAGUCAACCCACGGAGGAUGUUAUGUUACAAGCUUUUUACAACUGGUAUGGCACAAGAGAUGGAGCAGGACCAGUGAGGCCCCAGAGUUCUAAGAAUGUAAUUAAUGAUGCUGCAGUUAAGAAACGUUAUGUUACUGGAAGCUACAGUUCACAGACUGGAAGUUCUGGUUCAGACACUAGAAGCCAGCCAAAAGCCUCUCAAUUUGCUUCGGCUGGAAGUGGUAGCCUUCCUCGGGGCUCUGUGCGUAAUGCAGUAGGUAUGGGCAAGUCGGGGUAUGGCUUAAGUCAAUCAGCUGGUGUUCAAGGUUCUGACACUUCCAAUGUUUUCCCACUGCAACAAAGCAGUGAUUCUGUUCUUAAGCCAGUGCAGUUAACUUCCCAAAAUCCUCUGCAGACCAGCAGGGACUCUCUGGCAAAGCCUUACACUCAACGGCUAGUGCAGACAAACUUCCAGCCCAGUGGUCUGCAACCAGUACAAGCCAGCUCUGGAACCAUGGCCCAGUCUAGCUCCCUGCAGUUAACCCCGAACAGUGACCAACAAUUGGCACAGGCUAGCUCCCAGUCUGCGUGGCAAUCAAGCAGAAAGUCUCCUAAGCCUCCAAGCGAUCAACGCUGGCAAUCUGAUUCAAAGCUGUAUGUGGCCAAGCCUCCUGUAAAACCAGCACAAGCUAGCUUCCAGUCUGCAGCCAAGCCUGUUUACCAACAACCGGCACAAGCGACCUACCAAUAUGUGGCCAAGCCUGCUGACCAACAACCAGCACAAGCGACCUACCAAUAUGUGGUCAAGCCUGCUGACCAACAACCAGCACAAGCAACCUACCAAUAUGUGGUCAAGCCUGCUGACCAACAACCAGCACAAGCAACCUACCAAUAUGUGGCCAAGCCUGCUGUCCAACAACCAGCACAAGCCAUCUACGAGUAUGUAGCCCAGCCUGUUGUCCAACAACCAGCACAAGCCAUCUACCAGUAUGUAGCCCACCCUGCUGUCCAACAACCAGCACACAGCGGCUACCCAUCUGAUUCUCAGACCAGUACCCUACAACCAGCACAAGCAAUCUACCAGUAUGUAGCUCAGCCUGCUUUCCAUCAACCAGAACAAGCCAGCUACCAGCCCAUGGCACAGCCUGCUGUCCAACAACCAGCAAAAGCAAGCUACCAGUAUGUAGCUCAGCCUGCUUUCCAACCAGCAAAUGCAGGCUACCAGUAUGUGGCCCAGCCUGCUGUCCAACAAGGGAGCUACCAGUAUGCGGCUCAGCCUGCUGUCCAACAACCAGUAGAAGCGCGCUACCGGUAUGUGGCUCAGCCUGCUGUCCAACAACCAUCAAAAGCAAGUUACCAGUAUGUGGCCCAGCCAGCUGUCCAACAGCCAGCACAAGUGAGCUACCUGUAUGUGACCCAGCCUGCUGUCCAACAACCAUCACAAGCGAGUUACCAGUAUGUGGCUCAGCCUGUUGUCCAACAACCAUCACAAACGAGUUACCAGCAUGUGGCUCAGCCUGCUGUCCAACAACCAUCACAAGCGAGUUACCAGCAUGUGGCUCAGCCUGCUGUCCAACAACCAUCACAAGCGAGUUACCAGUAUGUGGCUCAGCCUGUUGUCCAACAACCAGCAAAAAUGAGCUACCAGUAUGUGGCCCAGCCCUCUGUCCAACAACCAGCACAAAGCAGUUACGCCACUGUGGCUCAGGCCAGUACCCUACAACCAGCACAAGGCAACUACCAGCCUGUGGUUAAGCAUGACACUCAAUUAGAUUUUAAGCCAGUGCAGACCCAAGAGAGACAAAUUUAUCAGAUUGGCUCCAAACUUUAUAAUUGCAAGGAGUAUGAAUCUCCGCCCAAUUACCAGCUUGCAGCCCAGUAGUGGGUCACAGUUAGUGCAACUUGGAGUUUAGUAUCCAGCACAGUUGAAUUUAUUGUGAAAUGUUCCUGGACCAGCCCAAAAUGACCAGCGUUCAUUCCAAACAAGUUUCAGGCUUUUGAAACUAGUCAUAGCUAUUUACUUGUUUUGCAGAUUCCUGGUUUUGGCUUAUUUGUUUGUCUGCUUAUUUAUUUUGAAAAGUGUCAAUAAAUGUGACUUAACAACCGUA